GCGGCCGCCCUGCCGGGCCGAGAAUGGUGGGCGUGAAGCCGGUCGGGAGCGACCCGGACUUCCAGCCGGAGCUGAGCGGCGCGGGCUCCAGACUCGCCGUGGUCAAGUUCACCAUGCGCGGCGGAAAAAAUGACAGUGAUAAUUUAUUAAUCGAAGUGAGGAAAGUUGGGAAACUUGCUAUUAAGGAAACACUUCCAUUAACAAUGAGGCAACAUUUAACCAUAAACAACUGCAGACAUUGAUUGGCAAAGGACUGUGUGAUAUGCUUUUAAAAAGGUGUGGACCAUGUUUAAGGAUUGCCCCAGCAUUCAGUUCUAUGAGUAAUAAGUAUCCACAGGCAGUUUUCUUGGAAGUAGAUGUACAUCAGUGUCAGGGAACAGCUGCCACCAACAAUAUAUCAGCAACACCUACAUUUCUGUUUUUUCGAAACAAAGUGAGAAUUGAUCAAUAUCAAGGAGCAGAUGCUGUUGGAUUAGAAGAAAAAAUCAAGCAGCACUUAGAAAAUGACCCUGGAAGCAAUGAGGACACAGAUAUUCCCAAAGGCUAUAUGGAUUUAAUGCCUUUUAUUAACAAAGCUGGCUGUGAAUGCCUUAAUGAAAGUGAUGAGCAUGGAUUUGACAACUGUUUACGAAAAGAUAUGACCUUCUUGGAAUCUGAUUGUGAUGAACAGCUACUUAUUACUGUGGCAUUUAAUCAGCCUGUUAAGCUUUAUUCAAUGAAAUUUCAAGGGCCUGAUAAUGGUCAGGGUCCUAAAUAUGUAAAAAUUUUUAUCAAUCUGCCCCGAUCUAUGGAUUUUGAAGAAGCGGAAAGAAGUGAACCAACUCAAGCUCUGGAACUAACAGAGGAUGAUAUUAAAGAAGAUGGCAUUGUCCCACUUCGUUAUGUUAAGUUUCAGAAUGUUAACAGUGUAACUAUAUUUGUUCAGUCCAAUCAAGGUGAAGAAGAAACAACAAGAAUUUCAUAUUUUACUUUUAUUGGUACUCCAGUCCAGGCAACCAAUAUGAAUGACUUCAAACGAAGAGUACACAUUGGAAAGUUGAGAGUUAUCAACCUGUGAAACAGUAGUUGGCAAAAAAGGAGAAAGCCACUAAGGUACAAAAGACACUGGAAGACCAUAAUGCAAUCAGAUCUACAGCUCCUGGAUAAUUGCUUGAUUCUCAUCAGAGACUGUCAAUAUUCCAUUCAUUGCCAUUACCAAUAAAUCAUUGCUUUUGUUCGGAUGGUAUCACUAGUGUUUUUAUUGUAAUCUUGAUACAUGCAGUUGUAAAUAAAAGUCACUACUUUUGCCAAGCUUAAA